GAGCCCGGCAGCCGCGGAGGGGAGCGAGGGAGCGGCGGCGGGGCCGCGCCGGCUCCUGCCCCGCGCCAGUGCUUGAUGGCCACAGCAGGGCACUAAAUAAUACUAGAAAAAAAACCCAGCAUUAAGACCAAUAAUUUCCACACGACUGGCUGGAAAAGCAGUUGUCACUGCCUUCCUGGUGCAGCAUGGCAUUUGGACCUGGUGUUCUCUGCCUGUUCCUAUGGACAAUAACAGGUUCCAGUUGUGAGCAGUGCAGAGAAGGAGCCACGUACUCAGGUGCAGUAAUAUCUCCCAACUUGGAAACCACUAAAAUCAUGCGGGUUCCUCACGCCUUGUCAGUGCCCGAGUGCAUCGCAGCGUGUUGUGACCUCUCUGGUUGUGACUUGUCCUGGAUGUUUGAACGGCGCUGUUACAUCGUGAACUGCCAACACAAGGACAACUGUGAACCUAAAAAAAUUGAAACUGUCAAGUCCUACAUUACCUUUGUGCUGAGGCCUUCUCAGAGGCCAGCCUCACUGCUAGGGCUUGGGCAAGUGAUCCCAAGCAUGGUCCACUCUGUGGGGCUCCAGAAUGACCCGUCAGAGGAAGUGAGUAGCCUGAAGAAGCUGUCUCUGCUUGGAAAAGAUCCCAGCCUUGAGGAGAUACCUGAAUACAUUGAUGAUUAUAAAGAGUUGGAGCAGGACCCCUUUCAGGUGGGCAUCAAACACCCACAGAAGGACAGUAUGGAUUAUACUGACUGGGGCCUGAUGGUGGCAGGUGAAAAUGGCUUCAACAGUUCCACGGGUGAUGAUGGAGAUAACCAGGAAGAUUUUGCUGAAAAGAAAGGGGAGGCUGGGAAGGUGGAAAGCCUUCUGAAUAAAAACAGUUCUGAGCUGACUUCUAUCAACGAGCACUCCACAGAGAGGUCAUCCCUUCCGGAGAUUACACCACUCCCUGGGAAGACACUUGAAAGGGAAGCAGCUGUUCCACUUGCACAACCUGAAGAUGCUUUGCAAAAAGAGGCUGCUACACCUUCCUCUUCUUCAGAUGUACCAGGUUUCUCCCCAGAUGUGUCAGAGAAAACCCAGACUCCCACAGUGGCCCCAGAGAACGCCACUGAAGGUGGGAUCAUGCUACUUCCCACUAAUACUGCUCCAUCUGAGCCCAUGCAGCAGUUCACACCACCUGCUACUGCUGCUAGAGCAGUUAAAGAACUUACUGUGUCUGCUGGAGAUAACAUACAAGUGAUGUUACCCAAAAAUGAUGUUGAACUGAAUGCCUUUGCUGUCCCACCACCAUCUACAGAAACAGCCUACACCUAUGAGUGGAGCUUAAUCAGUCACCCUGCUGACUACAGUGGGGAAAUGGAGCACAGGCACAGCCAGACUUUGAAGCUCUCUCAUUUAUCAGUGGGACUUUAUGCCUUCAAAGUGACAGUUUCUGGUGAAAAUGCCUUUGGUGAAGGUUUUGUAAAUGUCACAGUCAAACCAGCAGUCAGAAUUAACCAGCCACCUGUUGCUGUUGCUUCACCCAAAGUGCAGGAAGUUUCCUUGCCUACAACUUCAACCUUCAUCGAUGGCAGUCAAAGCAUAGAUGAUGUGAAGAUAGUGAGUUACCACUGGGAAGAAAUUCAAGGUCCCCUGCGAGAGCAGAAGGCAUCUGCUGACACACCAGUCUUGCACUUGUCUAACCUUGUUCCUGGAAACUACACCUUCAGACUCACAGUGAUUGAUUCAGAUGGUGCAGCCAACUCCACCAUUGCAUCUCUGACUGUCAACAAGCCAGUGGAUUACCCACCUAUUGCUAAUGCAGGACCGAAUCAGGCAGUCACUUUGCCCCAGAACUUCAUUACACUGAAUGGGAACCAGAGCAGUGAUGACCAUGAAAUUGUCAGCUAUGAGUGGUCACUCAGUCCCAAAAGCAAAGGCAAGGUUGUAGCAAUGCAGGGAGUGCGCACGCCGUACCUGCAGCUCUCCGCAAUGCAGGAAGGGGAUUACACGUUCCAGCUGACGGUGACAGACUCCGCGCGGCAGCGCUCCACGGCCGAGGUCACGCUCAUCGUGCAGCCUGAAAAUAACAGUCCUCCAGUAGCAGUGGCUGGCCCUGACAAGGAAUUGACCUUCCCAGUAGAAAGUACUACAUUGGAUGGAAGCAAAAGCCAAGAUGACCAAGGCAUUGUCUUCUAUCACUGGGAAAAUAUCAGUGGGCCAAGCUCUGUACAGAUGGAAAAUGAUGACAAGGCAAUAGCGACUGUGACUGGUCUCCAGGUUGGUACCUAUCACUUCAGGCUGACUGUGAAAGACCAACAGGGCUUGAGCAGUGCAUCUGUGCUCUCCAUUACUGUGAAGGAAGAAAACAACAGUCCACCCCGGGCACAUGCUGGUGGGAAGCAUGUUCUAGUGCUUCCAAACAACUCUGUUACCUUGGAUGGCUCAGGGUCUGCUGAUGACCAGGGGAUUGUGUCGUAUUUGUGGAUUCGGGAUGGUCAAAGCCCAGCAGCUGGGGAUGUCAUCCAUGGCUCAGACCAUGAGGCAGUACUGCAGCUAACUAAUCUUGUGGAAGGAACCUAUAUUUUCCACUUGAAAGUGACGGAUGCUAAGGGAGACUCAGAUGUUGAUUCAGCAACUGUUGAAGUGCGGCCUGAUCCCAGAAAGAGUGGUCUGGUGGAGCUGAUCCUGCAGGUUGGAGUGGGACAGCUAAGUGAGCAGCAGAAGGACACUCUGGUGAGACAGUUGGCUGUACUGCUGAAUGUUUUGGAUUCAGAUAUCAAAGUUCAGAAGAUACAAGCCUACUCAGAUAUAAGCACUGCAGUCGUGUUCUACGUGCAGAACGGGCAUCCUUCCACGGUGAUCAAGGCAUCAGAUGUCUCACGGACUCUGCACGUGCAGCUUUUGAAACAGAAGGCUGACUUCUUGCUUUUUAAAGUCCUGAGAGUUGACACGGCUGCCUGUCUUUUGAAAUGCUCUGGACAUGGGCACUGUGACCCCAUAACAAAGCGCUGCAUUUGCUACCAGCUGUGGAUGGAAAACCUGAUUCAUCGUUAUCUAAAUGAUGGAGAGAGUAAUUGUGAGUGGAGUAUACUCUAUGUGACUGUAUCUGUUUUUAUUCUGAUUGUGGUCAUGGUAGGGCUUGCCUGGUUCUGCAUCUGCUGCUGUAAAAGCAGGAAGAGGACCAAGAUAAGAAAGAAAACAAAAUAUACCAUCCUAGAUAACAUAGACGAACAGGAGAGAAUGGAGCUGCGGCCCAAAUAUGGUAUAAAACACAGAAGUACAGAACACAACUCCAGUCUGAUGGUCUCUGAGUCAGAGUUUGACAGUGAUCAGGACACUAUCUUCAGCAGAGAAAAGAUUGAAAGAGAGAAUUCUAGAACACUUAUAAAUGGAUCUGUCAGAAAUGGAGUUUCCUUCAACUAUAGCUCAAAAGACAGAUAA